CUUAGUUGUGAGAGAGGUGGAACACUGGAACGCAAUACUGGCAGUGCUCAGUGCUGGUUUUGGCAAGUUGAUUGAGAAUGGAGGGACAAAAUAGUCACUUUUCAGUGCUAUGGAGUAUUGACUGCUGUCUAUUUUUAUUCCGCACUUGUGAUUUACUGUUUACCGGUCUGACAAUCCGUUGCCCAGCCAGCCGGACUGACUCCUAUAGUCCUAUCCAGUUCAAUAGAAAAGUUCGCUUGCUCGCUUACCUCUAUCCUCUCCUCUCAUCUGUGCCAUUGCUGUAUGUAUACUCUCUCUUUGCGUAGCCUUUUAUUCUGCCGCUUUAGCCGAACAAAACCCAUGAAUUGAAUUCCUCUGACUUCAAUUGUAAUUCCAUUUCUGGGUUUUUACGAUUUCGCUUCCUCUUCUUUCAGACAUUAUCAGUAUAUCAGCUUGGGCACUCUCGUUCGUCUACUGGGUACGUCUCUGAUUUCCCAUUUUCGUCCUUACUCUCUUUCUUGCUCUGACACGCUUCUUAAUGGCUUUCUGGGUACCCGCAUUACUUUUGUUUUGCCUUGUUUUCUUUUCUGGCCUUGCUGUUUUCGUUUCUUGGCGAUACGAGAAUUGGAAGACAUUUGGCCGUUUUAAAGUGCGAGACAGCUGCUGGGAGGAGAGGAAAGAUGAAGGAAUUAUCUUUGUGAAUAGGAAGAAGAGGAAUUCAUGGAUUGAGUUGAUAUUCAGUCAUAGUUUGAAGCUCCACCUGUAGCCCAUAGAUGUUUUGGUCCUAGUACUGUAGCAAUUUUUCAUAGAGCUAGGGAAUUGGCGAUGUGGGCUGAUUCUGCUACAUCUGUGUGGUCUGUUACUUCUCUUCCUGAAACCGGCAUGCUACAAGGUGUUUGUUCUUGAAGUUGCCUCUUUUUUUCUUCUGGAGAUGAGAUUGAGAUGGGUUCAUAUAUGGCUCUUUCUGUUUUCCUCUAUUGGGUAGGAUUUGCUUCUGUAAUUAGUCAGGUAACUUGGAUAUAUGUCAUGUAAAUUGUGCGUGAACGAACUUUAUCAAAAAUUUGUGUCUGAACUUAUGAUUUAAUAACCUGUGGAUUCAAUCUUCAAGCGGAACCAUUGAAGUUUUCAUGGUUUGGUAUCUUUUUGGAAGGGACAAGAUACAUUUCUUUGGUUGGUUUUGUUUGCCCUGUUUCCUGCCAGUUAUGAGAUCCUUAUACUUCCAGGAUAUGCAGGUCAAAGAAGAAGAGAGCAGACAAAGACAAUGGCUCUCAUUCUAACCAAUGGUGGUACUCCACUUUGGUCUCCAUCUUGCUGUUGUUCAUCAUCAACAUCAUCCAAGGCCAUUACUAAGUUGUUCCCCAGGCUGCACCUGAAGCCCGUGAAUCCUCUGUCAAAACCUCUCGACGGACUUAGCUCUACUGCUGGCAUAGCUUCAGCGAGGAAUGCUGGGUUGAUACCGAGGGCAGUAGCUGACAUCGACGAUCCCAGUCCAGAAACCGUGGAGCCAUCAAGCGAUAGCGGGGAAGAAGAGAGCUCGCCGAUCGAUAAACUCCCUCUGGAGUCGAAGCUGCAGCUGAAGCUCGAGCAGAAGAUGAAAAUGAAGCUGGCCAAGAAGAUCCGGCUGAGGAGAAAGAGGCUCGUGAGGAAGCGGAGGUUGAGGAAGAAAGGGCGAUGGCCUCCUUCUAAAAUGAACAAGCUGAAGAAUGUCUGAGCCGUUUUUUACUAAGUCCCUUGUCUAGCAGGUGAAACAAAGUGAGGAUUUUUCGAGUACAGAUUUUGAAUACUGGUUUUGUGCAUCAUUCCUUUCCUUAUUUCUUUCAACUGUGUAGCUGUUUGAGAACCAAAUAGACUCCAUUAAAACUAGCUUCACUCUGCUUCACACUGCACAUUGCUUUUGUUUAGUAAUGGCGCGUAAGCUUCUACAGUCAGGGCCCAAGCCCACAAAUUGGAAACUUGGAAACGAAAAACAAAAAGAAAACUCCCUUUCUCUCUCGGUUUCCUAGUUUGUCCACAACAGAAGCCUAGAGAGAAGGAGCGUCUGACAAUAUUCUCUGUACCAUCUCACUAGCUACUCUGCAUUCUGCCCUCUCUCUCUCUCUCUCUCUCUCUGCAUUCACUGUUGCCCUCGUGUCCCGAGUCCUCCAUGUCCCUCUCUCUCUCCUCCUCCUCCUUCCUUCUACUGCAUUGCUUUGCUUCCCCCAAUCUGCAAAUUUUCUUGUUAAUAACAAACCUACAGAGUCCACUUUGCUUCGUCCUCUGUUUUCUGGUUUGGCUGUUUCCUUCUAUCCCUCAGCUUGAAUUUUAACUAACGGGGUUUUCUUGUGUAAUGAACUCUCUUUUUUAAUUUCACGAAGCUGGGCCUGGUGAAGAUUUUGAGGGGAAAAAACAAGUAAAGAGAGUGGUAAUUGGUGGUGUUUUUGGCGGGUUUUAAUGUUGGUUUUUGAACGUUUUCCAGAAUCUAAUCAAUAAAUUGGGUAUUA